CGCCGGAGUUCCCAGCAGCCCGCGCGGCGCCGGGGGGGGCCUCGCAGCACGAUGCCGAAAUCCAAGCGGGACCGCAAGGUCUCCCUCACGCGGACGCCCAGGAAGGGGUUGGAGGCCAAGCAGGCGCUCAUCACGGAGCUCCGGCGAUGUGUGGACACCUACAAGUACAUCUACAUCUUCUCGGUUGCCAACAUGCGGAACAACAAACUGAAAGAUGUCCGGAACGCCUGGAAACACAGCAGGAUCUUCUUUGGGAAGAACAAGGUGAUGAUGGUGGCAUUGGGACGUGAGCCGAGCAGCGAGUACAGAGAGAACCUGCACAAGGUCAGCAGGCGGCUGAAGGGCGAGGUGGGUCUGCUCUUCACUGACCGCACCAGGGACGAGGUGGAUGAGUGGUUCUCCAAGUUCAGAGAAGUAGACUUUGCCCGUGCAGGGAACAAGGCAACAUACACUGUCAGCCUGGAAAUGGGACCCCUGGAACAGUUCCCUCACUCCAUGGAGCCGCAGUUGCGGCAGCUGGGCUUGCCGACAGCGCUGAAGAAAGGAGUGGUGAUGCUGUUGUCAGAUUAUGAAGUCUGCAAGGAAGGGGACAUUCUCACCCCUGAGCAAGCACGUGUCCUGAAACUCUUUGGCUAUGAGAUGAUGGAGUUUAAAGUCACCAUCAAAUUUGUGUGGAAUUCAGAGACGGGAGACUUCCAGAAGCUUGUUGGGGAUACAACAGCAAAGGAAGAGGAAGAGGAGGAGGGUGAUGACAGCAGUGAGGGCUAGCAGCAGCCCUUGCGCUUGGACACAACAGCUCUCAGUUACAGACACAACAAGAGGAGGAUGAUUCCCUUCUCUGUUUGCACCCGGAGGACAAGGAUGAUGGGCUCAAAAAUGUUCUUCAUAAAAGAUGACCUUAUUAUUCUUUUUUAUAUAAAUCUAU